AUGCGGUGCGCGAGCAAGGCCGCCGAGAGCACGUCCGCACGGAGACGUGCGGACGCAGAAACCACAGCAACUGAUGUCUCAUCGGUUGCUGAAGCGACUCAGUCUGUGUCACCUGGUGAUGCAGGCGCUCGUCAUGAAGACACUCGUGUCUUCACAGAGUAUGAGCUCGGUGUCUCGUACUCUCCUGAUACGGAUGACGGAUCCGUAUCGACGGCGAUUGAAUCUAAGCCGCCUGCCAAGCGUGGCAUGGAUGAUGCUUUGCGUCGCAGCAUCUUUCUUCAUCUGAUGAAUCAGAUGAACCAUCGCCGAAGCGAAGGCGCUCGAGAUCGCAAGUCUCGGGCGCUAUUAGUGGUGUCGGUUCUCUUAUGGACACCACUUCACAGCGAGGUGCCAGUACUUCUGUCGGCACGUCGCAGGAAGAGCGGGACCGCAAUGUCUUGCGUCUCGCUUCUGAGAAGAAGGCAUGGAUGCCUCCUAAAUCUGUCAUGGAUCACUUGUCGGCGACGACGAGUGAUCGUUAUCGAACACGGUUGUUCGAUUCGUCAAGGAUCCAUCACCUUGACCCCAGCGCGAAAAAUUAUUGCACUGAACAUGAAUUCCUCAUCGAUGCUUUCUUCAAACAUCGAUGGAAACAGUGGGAAUCACAAACGUGAUGGUCCCUCACUACUUCAAGCGUGGAACGCCUACAUCCAUAACCUCGAGGAUGUAGGUCGUGACGCUUGGAACGACAAACUUAUCAAAGCUCGUAAUAAGUUUGAAAAGCGAACCCCGACAGGUGCACGCUACAAGCUGCAUCGUCUGUCAAGGGAGAAAGGAUUACCCUGCCUCUCUUGGGGAGACUCGUGCCCAUGUUGUGUGAACAACUCUGCGCGCGCGCCUACGGAGGCUUGCCUCCUUACCAGCCCGUGGUGGCGCGUACGUAUCUCUACUGAGAUGUACGAAGGGAUUGACAACCUGAAAUCCCUUUACGACCGUGCCGGGAAGACUUUCUCCGGCGGUCCUUCUGCGGCACAGGAUGUUCCGCGUCGUACUGCUCAACUAGACCAAGUACGUCAAUCAUCAGUUGGGAGCGGGGCUCCCAAGUAUCCCAGGACGGGGGAUAGCCGCGCCACUGGACGAGGUAACUUGUAA